CUCAGACUCUUUAUGUUCAAAAUACAAAAAUAUUAUUGCUCAACUACUGUUAAUGCUGCUAAAGAGACUAAAGUAAGGGCAUUAAAGAACAAACUAUCAUCAGGUCCGAGUUUUCAGGAUUUUAUAAAGGUUUCUUCUGGUGAAAAAUGGCUUCCAACUAAUGAUGAACAAUAUGACGAGCCAUAUGUGCCAGAAAAUCCAACUCUGGCAAAUUUACGCAAAGUGUAUUUUGAAACAUACGGCUGUCAGAUGAACGUGAACGACACAGAAAUUGCGUGGUCGAUUCUCCAGAAGGGAGGCUAUCUAAGAACAUCUGAGCUCUCUGAGGCUGAUGUCGUGCUGCUUGUCACUUGCUCUGUAAGAGAAAAAGCCGAGCAGACCAUUUGGAACAGACUCAAACAACUCACCAGCCUCAAGAAAAAGCGGCUAAAGGGAGACGUGCCCCUCAAAAUUGGAGUACUUGGCUGCAUGGCCGAGAGACUAAAGACGGAGCUGCUGGAUAGAGAGAAGCUUGUUGAUGUUAUAGCAGGACCCGACGCCUACAGAGAUCUUCCACGACUUCUGUCUCUCGCUCAUGGAGGACAGAGAGCCAGCAAUGUGCUGCUUUCAUUGGAGGAAACCUAUGCUGAUGUCAUGCCUGUCCAUCACACCGGACACAGUGCUUUUGUAUCCAUCAUGCGAGGUUGUGACAACAUGUGCAGCUACUGCAUUGUCCCCUUCACUCGAGGAAGAGAAAGAAGCAGACCCAUGUCCUCCAUCCUGGAAGAAGUACGCAUGCUUUCUGAUCAGGGGGUAAAGGAGGUCACUCUGCUAGGACAGAACGUGAACAGCUAUCGGGAUGUUUCAGAGACGCAGCACGGCACCUUAAAUGGGGUUUCACACCUCAGUCGGGGUUUCAGCACUGUGUAUCGUGCCAAGCAGGGGGGCCUACGUUUCGCUGAUCUGCUGGAUCAAGUCUCCCUUAUUGACCCGGACAUGAGGAUACGCUUCACCUCCCCACAUCCCAAAGACUUCCCAGAUGAGGUCUUACAAUUGAUCCAGGAGAGGAGGAACAUCUGUAAACAGAUCCACCUGCCGGCUCAGAGUGGCAGCAGUCGGGUUUUACAGGCCAUGAGACGUGGCUACACCAGGGAGGCCUACCUCGAGUUGGUGGAGAACGUUCGAAAGAUAGUUCCAGGGGUCAGUCUAAGCAGCGAUUUUAUUUCUGGUUUCUGCGGGGAGAAGGAGGACGACCAUCAGCAGACGUUGUCCCUGAUCAGAGAGGUGGGCUACAAUAUGGGAUUCCUGUUUGCCUACAGCAUGAGGAAGAAAACUCAGGCGUACCACCGUCUCCAUGAUGACGUUCCUGCUGAAGUGAAACAGAGGCGCCUGGAGGAGCUCAUAUCGGUGUUCAGAGAGGAAGCAGCUAAGCUGAAUACAGCGCUUAUUGGCAGCACACAGCUCGUCCUUGUGGAAGGAGAGAGUAAACGAUCAUCUCAGGAGCUUUGUGGUCGGAAUGAUGGCAACGUCAAAGUGAUUUUUCCCAAAAAGGAUAUACCAUCUGAGCCCUCAGACCCCAGUACCGUCCCUGUUAAAGCUGGAGACUAUGUUUUGGUGAAGAUCACUUCAGCGAACUCUCAGAGCCUGCGAGGUGAUGCCCUCCACUUAACCUCGCUGAGUAACCACCGCACAUGGACCUCGGAGCAGCAUCUUAUCGAACAAGCAGCUGUAUCUUAAGUUGUAAGAUUCAUAGGACUAAUACGGUCUAUGUGCUUAAUGAACUUUAAGCAAAGUUUAAAAACAGAAAUCAUUUAUUUAUUCAUGUAAAAUCAUAUCUGAAGUGGUACGACGAUCAAAGAAUUGAAAUCUAUUGGUCAUGUCUGGAAAGUAGUUAAAUAAAAACACACACUGUCAUCAUGAAAACAGAACGUCUGUCCCGAUCAGCAUGUAAUCCUGGAAUAAAAACAACACGUGGGGAUUUUAAAAUGAAUCCAGAUGGCAUCUGUCCUAGUUUACUGCGAAUGGUGGUUUCACAGUAUCAUACCUUCAGAAUUUGAAGCUGUGUGUUGAUCAGGUUCAUUUUUCCAAUGGCAGGCAAAGGAUAACCUUGCUCCAGAUAAGCUGACCAGAUCAGAUAUCAAAAGGCAUUCAAAAGCCCUGCAAUAAAUUGGCGCCCUGACCAGUAAAGAAGAUUCUUUUUUCGAUCAUAUUCAUUAUGAUCUAGUCAAUCUAGUCGUUUCCAAUUUCUUUUAUAGCUGUAUCUCCUCUGUCUGUGCCUGCAUCAACCCUGUCUUGGCCGAGGAGAGCUGCAGACUCUCAAACGGACCCUCCGACACCCGUGCAGUCGCCUGCAGCCUCUUCUGACCUUCCAGUACACAGACCCCCAGAGAGCCAUAUUGCUUACUGUGAGGAACGUUAUGCUGCUCUGUGACUUCCCCUACCCCUCAUACAGGCGCCUCCACCAACCAGCAUAUGCUGCACCCACAGCAGCAAUAAGGAACUCAGUCAGAACUCCAGAGUUUUUUUAGCAGCCAUUUUUUAAACUGGCUGGUUUAUUCUCAUACCUGGAAUGGUCCCACGUAGCUUGUUCCUAAGGUCAUGUCAAGUCUGUACAAACAAUAAACACAAUUAAUUAUA